AUGUCCUCUACUGGAUGCGCCAUUCGUGUUAUCCUUGUAAACAUCCGUCAACAUAACUAUGAUCAUAUUGCAGAUUAUGAGAUUUACAAGAGCCUUAUCAGCGUAUCUUGCGACGAACAGUACACAGCAUUCGCGACGCAAUCUCAUAUAAGUAAUAAGGUCGUCAUUCACGUAUCAGUUCCUGCUGUAAGUCUAACAUUAAAGAAAAAUGAAGAUUGGGAUUAUAUAAAGGAGAAUCAGACAAAAAUCAUUACAUGUACAACAUCACCAUGUAGACCUGACCCAAGAGUACAGUGGUAUCUCCGUAAUAGAACAGGACAGGUCGUACAAAAUCUGACACAGUUUUCAACCAACAAUUACGUUAAUGGUGAAUAUGGCCUCAAAUCAGUUAAAAGUGUACUAGACUUAAGAUUAAACAGGACGGCUAAUAACCUACGCCUGUUUUGUGAAGUGUGGACUCGAUCUAGUAGAGCUGAUAUUACAAGCAGAGAUAUUAUCAUUAAUGUAACAUUCCCGCCUGAAAGUAAACCUGUUAUACUUGGAUUGGGAAACAUCAACAUUUUUCGUGUUAUUGAGUCAGAAACGGAAUAUUCUGUUUGUUCAAUUUCUGGUGGAAACCCUGUUCCAUCAUUAACUUGGAAUUGUUUUGGCAGUAAUGACACAACGACGGCAACACAAGGGAGUACAGUAACAAGCACUGUUAAAUGGACAGCUUCACGCAAUUAUAACACAUGCUCCUGUACGUCACACCACAUAUUAAGUGAUUGGAAAAGGACAACGAUUGUAACAGUUAAUGUUCAAUACAAAGCUCGUGCCGGUAAAUAUUUUGUUCUGAACAACGAAGCAAGUACUUCUGUCACGGUUUCGGAAAAUGAAACAGUUGGUUUACAAUAUGAAAUAGAAGGAAAUCCUACACCCACAUGUGAAAUAUACAAUGAUAAUAAUCCGGAUAAGGAACAAUUUGUCAAUUAUUCACAAAAUUAUGCGAUAUGCUAUACCACUUUCAAUGCAAGUUGUCUUCAUGAUAGUGUAUAUACAUGUAAAGGUUCCAAUGAUAUCAACAAGGCAGCAUCGACGGAGAAAAAUAUCAAUGUAUUCGUACAAUGUUCUCCUAGACCAAAUCCUUCUGUGGCAACAAUGGAUCAUGUAAUUGCCGAAAUAAAUAUGCCGAUAAGCCUCCACUUUACAGCACUUGCUUAUCCAAAACCUAUUAGUGCCUCAUGGAGUAAGUUUGUUGGACAAUCCUGGAUUGCAGUUAAUGAAAGCAACAAUAUACGGAUUUAUCAAUCAGAUUUGGAUUUUGGUAUGACAAUUAUUCGGGCAACGAAUGCAGAUAUUGGAGAAUACAAAUUAUUGAUUUCUAAUGCCAUUGGAUCCUACAUUCACAUUUUCUACAUUGAACAAAAAGCGGCCUCAACACAGUCUGAUGAACUUGCCAAAACUGGACUCAUUAUUGGAUUAACAAUAGCUUUAAUUUUCAUUGUAACAACUGUAACUAGUGUAAGUGUGGUUUUGUGCAGAAGGUAUGUUCCUCAUUCCAUUGUGUCGGAGUGCACUUACUUUAUCCUUGAUACUAUUCACAUAUUGUGA